CAGCCCGCCCCUAAUCUUCAGGCGGAGGCUUCAGCAAAAUCCAGUCGUGAGCUCUGCCUCAGGAAGAGGGUUCUCGCCGCCGCACCUUUCCGCUCGGCUGGCCACCGCCCCUAUGCGCUAUGCGCUGCACCGCUGUUCCGACCUAGACCUGUGACCAAUUCUGCCCAGUAGGAUGAACUGGACUGCUGCCACGUGCUGGGCUCUGCUGCUGGCCGCCGCCUUCCUCUGUGACAGCUGUUCGGCCAAGGGCGGCCGGGGAGGUGCUCGGGGCAGCGCCCGCGGGGGACGCGGAGGCGCGCGCGGGGCAUCGAGAGUGCGCGUGAGGCCGGCACCCCGCUACGGCUCCUCUGUGCGUGUGGCCGCUGCAGGGGCAGCUGCAGGUGCUGCCGCAGGUGUGGCUGCAGGCCUUGCCACCGGCUCUGGCUGGAGGAGGACCUCGGGGCCUGGUGAGCUAGGCCUGGAGGAUGAUGAGAACGGGGCAACUGGAGGCAACGGAACUGACCGAGGAGUCUACAGCUACUGGGCCUGGACUUCGGGCUCCGGGUCCAUUCCCAGCCCAAGUGUUUGCCUGCUUCUGGGCGGCACCCUUGGUGCAUUAGAACUGCUUUGGCCCUAGAUCAAGCUGAGCUCCGCCCCAGAUCUGGCUCCUAGGCCGAGUCAUCGAGACAUGGGGCCCUAGGGACCAUCCCAGUGGCCUCUAGCUCCUUUUGCUGACUAUGGUUCCCCAGCCCAGAUGACAAUAUAGGCAUUCUGAGCCCACAAGCUCUCUUGCAAUUUGUGGACACUGUCUACUCUCUUGCCCAUCCCAGUCUCCCAAUCUUCCACCCUGGCAGGAACAGCUCCACUGCCAGAGAGGCAGGCUGCCGCCCUCCACUCUCCAGAGCUGCCCAAGAGGAAGUGUCGGGCCAUGCCUGUGUGCUUGCCCUGGACACACGAACAUGAAUUAAUGCUGACCACCAGGAGGAGGCCAUUCUCAGGUGGGCCCGCCUGAUUCUGCCACUAAAGCCCAAAAGACGUGCGCCUUCCAUGGAAGCAGAAGGAACGAACCACUUCCCUCUGGACUUCACAAUUUGGUGAAGAGAACAUGCACUUGGACUGCAGUGUGAGAAAUGUCAGGUGCUAACCACCUGCCCAGAGCAGGUCCUAAUGAUGUCACCGCUCAGGAACAUCCAGAGCAGGAAACACCCAUCCCAGGACACCCACUAUGGUCCUCCUUGAACAUGCUACCAAGGCCAAGGUAGCAUGUUUCUUCUUCACAGACUGCCUGAGACACCUUCUGUCAAAAGCGUUCCCCACUUGGAGCCACUUGGCCAUAAGGACCACUUAACUGUUCCCAAGAUCCACUGAGAGUCAGGGCUCCACAUUCAGAAACAUUCCAUUUCCUUUGACUUUAGGUUCACGAGUGAGGGUCACUUGGAUACAAUACCAAUCCUGCUGGAACCUUCUUUGUACAUGACCCAAACUGCAAGAUUCCCACAAUGCCAGUGGAGAGCAGCAUCUUGUGUUGGGAGACCCUCUCCCUUGGAAACAGAUGGACCGGGGAGGUAAGAGAAUAUGACACAAUUGGCAGCUGGCAGCCUGCACUUUGGAGAACACAACAAUUCUUCAGGCCCACUGACGUCAGAGGAAAGCUAACAGACACAGCAAAGCCAGCCUCAGCAGGUUGUGGGUGGGUGUGGUCUAACACUACUAAAAGUUUUCUGACCAUCUAUAUCCAUCCUGAGAACAAAGAGAUGCACUAUAGUCCUCACAUGGAUCUACAUUGGGGCAGACUGGCUCCUUGCUGCUCCAGGGCCCACCAGCACAUCCUUGCCCCAUGGAGUGAUGGGUCUCUGGGCUCAGUCAGUAUACACAAUGCUAGCCUGGCAAACCUCUGGCCAGUAUACAGGUUCCAAGGCUAUUGGCAGGACCCUAGCCAAGCAAUUUCUUGACCAACAAGGUGCAGGGUGCAGCUCCCUGCAUCCUCUCUCCACACUGCCGGUGCUCUUAGGCACAGCCAGCCCAGAUGCUUCUCUGUCCCUUACAGACCAAGCUCAAUACCAAGACCAGCAAGCUAAGGGCCAAGCCCACUCAGGGCCUCAAAGGCAAGUACCAUCAAGUCUGGUACAGGAAGACCCACUAGGGCCCCUUCAGCUGGUCAAACACCUAUGGGGAUGCGCUAUGUGGACCUGACCUUCACGUACCAGAGCACCAUGUGUUAGUUCUGGACAUAAUGGAAACACUGCCUUUUAAUUAUUAUUUCACACACCAAUCUGACUUCUCCAGAGUGUUUAGCACUUGGCACAGCUACACGUCUUUGAAUACUUUCUCCACCAGCAAGAGCCAUAAGAUGCUAAGAGAGGAUCUCAGAGGAGGCUUAUCUUACUACAGCCACAAGAGGCAACAGUGGAAGGCUAGCCCGUUAUCAGCCGUCCAGAAGCAGCCGAGAGCCUGCUGAGCACGCAAGCACUAACUAGUUCGGCAACUAUGGGAAGGCCAGAUCAAUACCAGACAGAAGAAACUAGAACUACUGAGCAAGCAUAGCCCAGAUGGCCCAACAGCACCUCCUGUCUCUAUCCAGUCCCUUCCCUUUUUCUUUCUAGACAGCAAGCGGCUGGCAACAACAUCCUUUAGAUGCCUACAGGUAUGUGGAGGUCAACCAUGCUGGGACACCCUCUGCCCCACAUCCUGCGCCGCAUGGGUCCAAUGGCUAGAUGGUAACCCCCUUCCAGUGAUCCUCUGGCCUGUGCAAAGUCAAGCCUACAGCAGAUGACCUCCCGAGGUACAGGCUCUGAAGUUCAAGGGGAGAGGACAUUCCUGGGCUUUUCUAUCCCAAACCUCCUGUUGAUGUCUGUGCGCACAUGUGUCAGUGAAGAGUUCGUUGUGAAAUAAAGCCCUCUGCUGGUA